AGCCAAAUGAAAGAAAAGACUCUUUUCGAUGAUAUGUCAUUUGUUAUGAUGCAUCGACAAUUCUCGGUGUCGUUUUUAUGGACCGCGUAAUGUGUAUUAACUCUGGAAAUAAAUGUCAACAUAGCGUUAAACCUUGAAAUUAUUUUUUAAUUUACUUGAAAUCGACUUUUUUAAUAAUGGGUCUAUUUUCUAUUCGCGCUUCACGAACCCGCUCAAUUUAUUGAUAGUGUGCGGUGGGAACAAAACCAUAUUCGAGACUAAAAUUUUGCCAUCAUGGUAAUUUCUGUAAUUAAUUGGAUGACAUUGACGUUGCUAACAACAAAUAAGGAUGGACCUACCGGUUGUUAUGGGAGUUGGCCGAUAUCUAUUGAGUAAAGCUUGCGUGCAUCCACCGCGUGGUCUGGUACAUGAGAUGCGAGGUAUAUAACAGCUGCCUGGAAACAGAUCGCCUCCAUUACUCACCUAGCCCUUAUAGACGUGUUUCAUCAUAAUAGACGAUCGUUCUUAAAAUCAAGUCAUCAUGCGUGAAUGUAUUUCUCUCCAUGUUGGUCAAGCCGGAGUCCAGAUGGGCAAUGCCUGCUGGGAGUUGUACUGUCUUGAGCAUGGCAUCCAGCCUGAUGGUCAGAUGCCCUCAGACAAGACCAUCGGAGGUGGUGAUGACUCCUUCAACACCUUCUUUAGUGAAACUGGAGCUGGAAAGCAUGUUCCUCGCGCCAUUUUCCUUGACCUCGAACCAACUGUUGUAGACGAAGUUCGCACUGGGACGUACCGUCAACUCUUCCACCCUGAGCAGCUGAUUUCCGGCAAAGAAGACGCAGCUAACAACUACGCCCGAGGUCACUACACCGUCGGGAAAGAGUUGAUCGAUAUAGUUCUGGACAGGGUUAGGAAGUUGGCUGACCAGUGCACUGGACUCCAAGGAUUCCUAAUCUUUCACAGCUUUGGUGGAGGCACCGGCUCAGGAUUUACAUCCCUGCUCAUGGAGCGUCUGUCUGUUGACUACGGGAAGAAGUCUAAGCUCGAGUUCGCCAUCUAUCCUGCACCCCAGAUCUCAACCGCAGUUGUAGAACCCUACAACUCGAUCUUGACUACCCAUACUACCCUGGAGCACUCCGACUGUGCCUUCAUGGUCGACAACGAGGCUAUCUACGAUAUCUGUCGUCGUAACCUCGACAUCGAACGGCCGACUUACACCAACCUCAAUCGUCUCAUUGGGCAGAUCGUAUCGUCAAUUACUGCUUCUCUGCGAUUUGAUGGCGCCCUUAACGUCGAUCUUACUGAAUUCCAGACGAAUUUGGUUCCUUAUCCGCGAAUUCAUUUCCCUCUGGCUACCUAUGCACCAGUUAUUUCUGCUGAAAAGGCCUAUCAUGAGCAGUUGUCUGUUGCUGAAAUUACUAACGCCUGUUUCGAGCCCGCCAACCAGAUGGUAAAGUGUGAUCCCCGGCAUGGCAAGUACAUGGCCUGCUGUCUCCUGUACCGUGGUGAUGUCGUCCCCAAGGAUGUCAACGCUGCCAUCGCUACCAUCAAGACCAAGCGUACCAUCCAGUUCGUCGACUGGUGUCCAACUGGUUUCAAGGUCGGUAUCAACUACCAACCACCCACCGUCGUUCCCGGUGGUGAUCUUGCCAAGGUCCAGCGUGCUGUCUGUAUGUUGAGCAACACUACCGCCAUUGCCGAGGCAUGGGCUCGUCUUGACCAUAAGUUCGAUCUGAUGUACGCCAAGCGUGCUUUCGUCCAUUGGUACGUCGGAGAGGGUAUGGAAGAAGGAGAAUUCUCUGAGGCUCGUGAAGAUUUGGCUGCUCUCGAAAAGGACUACGAAGAGGUCGGAACUGACUCCCACGAAGAAGAAGAAGGAGAGGAAGGAGAUGAAUACUAAGCUUUGAUGUUUGAUUUGUCUUACCUUAUUCGACUUUGAUUUUUAUCAAUCAACAUCGUGAUGAUGGUAUUUGAUUUGUUUUUCCUCGCCGUGUCUCUUUCUGUGAAUGUAUAGUAUGUUAUCUCGCGCGUUCCAUCUAAUAUGAAUGUUUUCAUGACAAAAUUUAACAAAACAAAAUAAUGUGAAGGUGCGCAUCAAGGAUGUCACAAUGCGGAUAAAGGGGAGGAUUUUUUUUUUCGAAUUUGUAGAAGACUGAAUAGUAAAACUAAAGAGGGAUCUAACUUUAAAAAAAAUCCUAAUAGUGUCAACAGAGCAUAAUGAGGGGGCAAAUCCUUACUUAAAAAUGCAAGGUUUUUCCAUUAUAAUUCUCAAAAGGGGAUACUCAGGGGGAGGCACUUCUCAUUUGCCCCCCAUCCUCCCUCACUCCCGUUAAGCCAAUGGGUAUAUUUGUGUGUGUAUUUUGUGUGUAUUACGAUAAUAAGAGGGUAAUUGCAAUAUUUUCGUAUUUUCUCUUCAACAUUGUCUGAAUUAUUAUACGUUGCAGUCAUACCAACGAAACCGACCCCAUUUUGACCGAUGGUUUGUCAUUGAUAAUAACGUAAUAAGUCUCGAAUUGGUUACAGCAUUGUGGCUGAAGCGGUUUUUUAUUUCAUUCCUUUUUUGUCCGCGAUGGUAAAAUUCAUAUUUGAAUGUUAAUUUUCCAGUCGUAAUGUAAAAAUCAAAUUUGCGCCCGAUCUCCACUAGCAAAAUUUCAUAAUGUUCAUAUGAUCAAAUCAUAUUGAAACGACGGAUUGCAAAAGUCCGUUAGAGAUUGAACAAAUUUUAAUCAGACAUGGAAAUUUUGAUGGAGAAUGACAAACUUAUCAUUUUUUAUAUAAUAUGUUGUUCUAGAUCAAUAAACACAGAGACUAGAUUUUAUGAUCAAGUCAGUAAGGAAUAAUUAUGAACAAAACAAAUUGAAUCAAAUAGUAUCAAACUCAUGAAUAAUCAUACUUAAUUGUCAGAAUUAAAGAAAUGUACUUUCUUGCCUUUCAAAUGUGUAAUAAAGUUUACAAUAUGAAUCUGUUCUGAAA